UGCGCAGACGUCUCCUGGAGACUGCGCAGCACCGCAUCCGAGUCAGAGGCCACGAUGCAGAGCCUUGUCGGGGACGCUGUGGCAGGGAAGUGCGGCAGACAGCAGUGAGGGCCCUCGUAUGAAUCGAUCCCUCUCAGCAGUACCAGCUCUGAUCCAGGCUCCGGCGGUGCAGCGGGCCACUCGUGCAGCUCCAGCGUGCGCAGAUGCGGGAUGAAGGCGGCAAACGCGUGCAACAAGCCCCAGUCCAACCGCAGCGACACACGGAGCGUGUGCAGACGGGGCAUCAGCCACGCCACAGGAUCCGACACACACUGCUCGAAGAACACCGUGGGAUCGAAGAACGGGAUGACAAGCGCCUCAAGAAUAGUCCGGUCGAGCACCUGCACCCACCGGUGCCCGCCGGCCCCACGCACGUACUCCGGCGUCCCCCCGAUCGCACACGCCAUGCUCUCCACACGCACGCUCCCCGCGAGCCCCUCCGCCUCGCCAUCGCUCAGGCGCAGCUCGCACCCCGUCACGCGCACACUCCCGAGCAGCUCGAACGCCCCGAGCGCGCGCAGCGCGUGCGCGUCGAUGCGCACGUGGAACAGCUCGAGGUGGCGGAUGCGCACGAGCUGCAUGAAGGCCGUGAAGAACGCGCGGUGCACCGGCGCGGGGUCGACCGUCGAUCGAUGGAAGGACGAGAACGCGCAGCGGCGCACGUGCGGGGCGACGCCCGGGUCCGCGCACAUCGCCUCGAAGCGCCGCACGUUGUUCACCACCUCGUGCUGGCCGGCGAACGCGUUGUACACCAUCGUCGUGCCCUUGGUCGAGGCCCGGAACGGGUGGAAGUCGACGGUGUGGAACAGGAGCGGGUGGACGAGGUCAUGGAAGAGCCGCGAUGCCAGGUGCGGGGCCCGCAGUGAGAGACGAUCGACGUGCGAGAAGAUGGCGAUCCAUAGUUCGUUGGGGAAGUGCGCCGUCAGUCUGGUCAUUGGCUGCGUGCUGUGACAUUUUCGGGCGCGUCACGCAAGCCACGGCACGUGCAUUACUUCCACGCCGUAUCAUGGCUGAA